AUGAUGCUGGUUCAGGAUGAGAAGGGAAGAGCACACGUUGCCCCGUCCCUCGAGAACAUCAAAUACAAUGCAUGCCUUCUGAGACCUUUCACCAGGGUCAUGGCCGAAACCGGAAGAAUCAGGAAGCCCAUUCAUCUGAUCAAAGAAGCUUUAUCGAAAUUCUACAAGCGUGAGGGACAAGUUUGGGCCGAUGACAAUGAUGUGCCUGAGACCAUGGAAGCAAAGCUAAGAAGAUCCAGAAAUAUGUCGAAGACAGCUGACACCAUCAAGUCAAUGCUCACGGUGAUCAAACGAAAGUGGAGCAAGUGGGAGCUGCCCCGGGAAGACGAGGUGCGUGCAAUGGUGCUUGACAUGGCCGAAGCAGUCUCAAAAGCCUACUCGGAGGGCCGCUGUGCACUAGAGCGGUCACCGAAGAUCAAGCAGGGCCUUGCAGCCUCGUGUGACGAGGAUAGUGUCGAUAUGGCUGAUGAUGCAUCCCUACGGGAGGGUCUUCACAGCAUGGCAAAGAGUUCAGGCUCGCAAUCUUCGCGGGCACUCGAGGAAUGCUUGACUGCCCCGCCGCAAGCGGAGCUGGAAAAGGUGCUUGGCUUCUCGUUGAACCCCGAGUCCUACAGACGCUUACUGAAGGAUCAGAAAGCCCAAGAGGGAGCUCUGGGGGCAUCGACAGGUGCUGACGACAGUACUAAGACCGGGGAGGCCGAAAAGGCAGGUGAGGCCACGGACGUCGCAGCCGUGGUGGCUGCGGAAGAGGACGGUACGGUGCCAGGCCAUGUGGAUCCUGGCAUCUUGAGCCAGGUUUUGAUGUCCUUUGAUGAUCUUCCGGACGACAUGAAAAGGACGACUCCCCGAAAGGAGGGUGCCAAGCCCGACCCUCUGUCUCCCGGAAGCCCCGGCGAGCCUUGCUUGAAUCGGGUGUGCAGUUUGUAUGAUCUGAGUUGGGUAGGAUUCUGGAAUACUUUCAUGUGCAUCUGGUUCAUGGCAGAUAUGCAAAUUCCACAUAAGGUCGAGAUCGUUUCCUUCCUACCGGCUCCCGCUUCGGCUGGUCGCACAAAAUCUCCUGCCACGCCAAGCCUGGCUCAGCAACUUUCGUCCAUGGACCCGGCCAGGCUUAAAGAAAUCCUUGCAGUUGUGAACAUGAAGCUGUAA